AUGCAGCCCCUGGAGGUAGGUCUGGUUCCCUCUCCAGCGAGGGAGCCGAGACUGACCCGCUGGCUGCGGAGAGGCAGCGGGAUCUUGGCGCACCUGGUAGCUUUGGGAUUCACCAUCUUUCUGACCAUGCUGUCCCGGCCAGGAACCAGUCUUUUCUCCUGGCACCCUGUGUUCAUGGCCUUGGCGUUCUGCCUCUGCAUGGCUGAGGCCAUCCUGCUCUUCUCUCCGGAGCACUCCCUGUUCUUCUUCUGCUCCCGAAAGGCUCAGAUCCGGCUCCACUGGGCGGGGCAGACCCUAGCCAUCCUCUGUGCAGCACUGGGCUUGGGCUUCAUCAUCUCCAGCAAGACCCGCAGUGAGCUGCCCCAUCUGGUGUCCUGGCACAGUUGGGUAGGGGCUCUGACACUGCUGGCCACUGGUGGCCAGGCACUGUGUGGGCUCUGCCUCCUCUGUCCCCGGGCAGCCAGGGUUUCGAGGGUGGCUCGCCUCAAGCUCUACCAUCUGACAUGUGGACUGGUGGUCUACCUGAUGGCUACAGUAACGGUGCUCCUGGGCAUGUACUCAGUGUGGUUCCAGGCCCAGAUCAAAGGUGCAGCCUGGUACCUGUGUCUGGCACUGCCCCUCUAUCCAGCCCUGGUGAUCAUGCACCAGAUCUCCAGCUCCUACUUGCCAAGGAAGAAAAUGGAAAUGUGAGUUCCUCCGAACUCUGAAUGUAAAGUGGGACACUUGCCUUGGACUUUAAUGGUUCCUUUGGUGACUUUCAAAGGACCCACUUCAGAAGUGGUUGGGUUUUUGUACUUCUUGGUCGGGCCAGGGGCUGCAGAAACCCAAGCUGCUAUGUUGAGGGAUGACUUAGUGGGCCAAAAUGGGGAA